UCGAUUCCGAUAAGUAUAUGCGUAUAACUAUCGCAUGUAAAGAUCCAGAAAAUUAGCCACUCCUCGCGUUGUGCGAUACGACCGACGAUUGGAAACGAGUGGGGGCGAGUGGAACCGUUGAAAAAUUGACGAGAGAGGAAAAUCGGACGACGAUCGAAAAAAGAAAAGAAAAAAAGAAAGAAAGAAAGAAGGAAGGAAGGAAGGAAAGUGGAAGAAGAAGCGGGUGCGAUAAAGCGUCACGGAGAGAGAGGAAAGGCGGUCGUCCGCGGGAUUUCGGCGAGCGAGGGAAAGGGAUUACCACACGCGCGCGGCGGGUGGAGCGAGAGGAACAGACUUACCGAGAGAAAGAGAAAGGAGACGAAGGAGAAGAAGAAAAAAAAACGAAUGAUCGUAGUAACACCGGCGCGUCUCCUCUCGCGGCUUCGUGCUUGUCUCGGAAUUAGUGAGUAGACAGAAUUAUGUCCGUGAGCAGGCCAGCUCGGCUCAGUUGAGACUUACUGCUCAGCCCGUGCACACGCAUGCCACGAAUCUUUCCUACUUACAUAUAUACCGCGGCUUCCUGAUGCGAUUAGACUAGUCCGCGAUCACCCGCCACUCCGUAUCACGGACCAGUUUGUUUAACACUUCUUCGUAACGCGGACACACCGCAACGUCUUUCCGUCUUCACGUUCGCCUCGUCGUUCUCUGGGUCACUGGUUUCGUUACGGGAGGUACAACACGCGGUUUCGCAGACAACAUUUCUCACCUUAAUUCCGAUUCCUCUCCUCUUCGAGGGUUGUAAAAUCCCUCGUAAAUAUGGAGGCAUCCAUUGAGCGAUAACGGUGGCCGCAUUUGUCGCAUGAACAAAGUGGUGCCAGUUUUCCAUCUUUUCCACGAUAGAAUUUUGUCAGAGAAGGAGACCGGACAAAAAGUGAGACUUUUCCCCCUCCCCCCAUCUUUCACGAAAAAAUUUCCUAAUUCGUCGUUGUCGUCGUCGUCGUCAUGGAAUUAUUCGAGUUCUUCGUGCUGCUGUUGGUCGUCUCGACUAUGAACAGUGUAUCGUGCCACCAUCAUCAUCGCGGUAUCCACGUGGACGAUAAGAAAAAGGGGGAUCCGAUGGACCACGCGAAAAGGUACACGGCCAGUGACAAUAAGAACGUGGUACUGUCCGAGGGCGAGAAGCAGAGCAGGGGCUUAAAGGGCGAGGAAAUUAAACGCACUGUACCUUUUAGCGAGAGGAGGCUGGAGAAGAUGCUGGAGAAAGCUAUCUUAAAAAUAAUCACCGGUGAUCUUAGCACGGGUGAUAUGUUGCUGUUGAAAAGUCUGAAUUAUAGUUUGGAGGAAGUUCUUGCGAUUCGCGAGAGAGAAUUGAGCAAGAAGAAGGAUGAAGAAUUGAGGAAGAAGGAGAGCGUGAAAUCUUGGACGAAAGUAUUGUACGGGGGAGAUGGAGAAAGAAAGGUUAAAAAUUGGAAUAAAAAAUCCACGGAUCCACGUUCCUUUUCGAAAAAUCCUGAUUUCGAAACCAAUAAACGAGAAGGUAAGAAGAACCGCCAUGUGGAUAGAUCACCUUCCUACAAGGAUUUUGACUUCGAGGCGUAUAAUCGACAGGCGAUCCUUGAUUACGAGAAUCUGCCGUCCAACAUGGAAUUUCAACAAUCUUGGUCAGAACCUACGGCUGUCGAUUACGAGGAGGUUACCAAAGCCUCCAAAGAGGAAGAUAUCGCGAAUAAUCUUCAUCGAGAUUUCGACAGGGUGAUGGAGCCUCACGUAGUCUUCAAGAUUCGGUACGAUGAUUCCGAAUUCGAUUCCAGCUCGGGUUCGGACGAAACGAAUAAAAAUCGUUCUAGGACAUCCAAACAUCACGAUCCUUCGACAACGACGAGACACGCGACUUUAAAAAAUGCCGGUAAUUCCUUUCAUGUAUCGACACCGCCAUCAAUGUCUUCGACUACUAUUUCUACUCUACCUCUGGUUUAUCAAUUGAGUAGCAUCAAUGUUAGGAGUAACUAUCUAAAUAAUGAUUAUUCUACUACAGCCGCGUCUUCGACAUCGAGUAGUACCGAUACUACCACAGAAAGUAUCGUACCAGAUGAAAUUUUAAACGACAAAAAUGAAACGAAUAUUCGCAUUAUCGAUUCCACAGAUAAAGUAUCCGUCUUAAAAAAUGAAGAGAGAACUAAUGAAAAUAAAAAGAUCAGCGAGUACGAAGGGCUCGAAUGGGUCGAAGAUGAUGUUUACAGAGUACUCCCCGAGUUCGUGGAUUCCCUUAGUUUCGAGAACACGGAGGAGAACGAAACGUCCGACUACGAAGACUCUAGCCACGACUCUUCCCGACUAAAUUGGAACACAGAGGAGAACGAAAACAGCACGUUGGGGUAUUUGAACGACACUCCUGAUUCUGUCAAGCUCUUCGUAUCUAACAAUAACAUUUCUGCCGGCAAUCUUCCUUUGGCGAAUCUAUCGUCAUAUCUACAAGUGGCUAUUGCUCAUCGACGAGGCCAAGGUGAAAAAGCCAUUGAGGAUAUCAAAACACGAGUUUUAGCACUAACGGGAAGGUUCAACCUCAGCACUGAUGCUAAUCAAGUCCAACGAGAAAGAUUGACAAUGUUUUCUCCAACUUGUCAAAUUCCACGUAACACAGAUCAAGAUGCUUGGACGGAUUCAUUCUCUAUGAAUAUGCAUUUUCAAUUGAACUUGACUUCCAGUGAUCAUGUGAUAGCUGCCAAAUUACGGAUAUUUAAAUUACCGCAAGAAAAUGUAACGUUCUCUUCAGAAAGUACAUUUGACGAUGAAGAAGAAGACGAAAAAAAAAUUAGAAUAUCGGUCUAUUAUUACACGAAAACUUUGAAGAGACAUCGAUCGAAGAAACGUUUGAUGGAUUCGGUAGUGACACCCCUCACGUUUAAAGGUACUCAUCUAGCGUUAGAUGUUAGACAAGGUCUCCGAUUCUGGAGAUUGAAUCCACGAAACUCUCAUGGAAGCGGAAGUAAUCACGGCCUGGUAAUCCAAGUUGAGGAUCAAGAUGGCAGGCCAUUGAAACCGGCUCUAUAUAUUCAGCAACCGUCUUGCGUGGAUCAGGAUUCAGAUCAGAAGACCAGCGAGUACCUGCACUCUUCGUACGAGCCUGUACUCGUUACGUUCGUAUCGUAAAUGGCAAAACGGAGACAUACGUCAAUUGCAGGCAUUAAAAUGGAAGAAAAACUUUUAGAUGUUAUAAGAAAGUAGUAAAUUAUUCAUAUUGUACUUUAUAUUUUAAAAAAUGAUAACUUUUUUAUGAAGAACAGGGAAUACCGUCCUUUAACUAUCACUCGAUUCAAACAUGCACUAACAGAAACGUAGGAUGCAUUUUUAUGAAAAAAGUAACUAUAAUCAAUACAAAAUAUGUCUAAAUCGAACAAAGAUACUUUUGUGAAUUCGUUAAAAAAAUGAUUUUUUUAUUACUAUUUUUGAAUAAUUAAUUAGAUUGAACUCAUUAACGAAUUCAACAAAAUUUUAUAAACUUUUUAUAUAAAAUCAUGUUGACGAUAUUCUAGUAAUUUUUACUAUUCUAUGCGCACAAAAAUAGAUCACAUGAAAACAAUAGACGAAUGCCCCCACUACUUGAAAAUUAAUUUAAGAUGGAGUAAAAAACGCGCGAAAAUUAUAAUAAUUGUAAAUGUUUAAAAAGUACGUACAAUCCCAGCAAAAGUCCUUUUAUAGACUAUUCUUAACUAAAAGAAAAAAUGUUAACUUAAAAAUGUAGCACCGUAUUAUUUAAAUGGUAAGUUAUUUUAUUGUUUUGUAUUGUUUUCUGUAAUUGCGUUCCGAAACUGGCUUCCAUGUCAAUAUGUGUCUUUUUUUCGGAUGCCAAUAGAUUUAAAUUUUUAGUAUGAUUUAGUAUGAUGUACAUACCAGUGAAAUCGAAUCAAUAGAUUGAUAAUAAUUAGAUUAUUCGUUAGAUUAAUAAAAAUAUUUUUGGCUUGUAUGCAGAUGUGUAUGCAAUGUAAUGCACAUGCAUACAGUCAUGCUCACGACUGAUGCAACCAAAUGUAAGAACUUAGAGAUAGAUAUUUAUAUUUUAUGUUAAUUAAAUGUAAAAGCUUAUAGAGUUUUUUUUAUUAUAUCUUGAAUGAGACCAUAAGUAAAAUAUUAAAUUUUGUGUGUAGUACAAAAACAAAGUACUUCAGCUAUUUUAUUUCAAAUUCUAAUGGUUCAUUCAAAAGAUUAUGCUACUUAUUAUAAUAAUAUUAUAUUAAUAUUAUAAUAUGUUGUUGUUUGAUGAAAUAAACAACAUAUUCUUACAAAUUUUAUAUAAUUUCUGUAUAUAAUGUAUAUUUAAUUACUUGGUUGUGCAAAAAUAAAUGAUUUCAUGUCAAUACUUAUAAUGCCUUUGUAUUAAAUGCAUUCUAAGUUUGACCCUUACAUUUUAUAAUGAUGUUUAUAUUAUUUUGUAUAUUUUUUAUAUUCUCUGUUAAAUACGAGCAAACUAUUUUGUACAUGUAUAAUUUUAUUCAGAGAUCAUAUACGGAUAAAAUAAUAUCAAAUGUAACAUUUAAACUAUUGCAUCUUAUUAAUAUAUCACUUAUAUAUAUUUGAAAUAAUUUUA